AUGUUGCUUUCUUUCUUUCCAGUUUUUUCUUUCUUUCUUUUUUGUACGUUUUUCUUUCUUCUUUCUUUUUCCUUUCUUCUUUCUUUUUGCUUUCUUUGUUCUUUCUUUCUUUCUCUCUUCCUUUCUAUCAUUAUUUUGCGUUUCGAGCGGAGGCAAUUUUAUGCUUGUGUAUUCAUUGCACACGACACAAUAGAAGUAUCUAUCUAUCUAUCUAUCUAUCUAUCUAUUUUAUUCAUAUCUAUCUAUCUAUCUAUCUAUCUAUCUAUCUAUCUAUCUAUCUAUCUAUCAUCCCAGUCUGUUCAUAUCUAUCGAUCUAUCUAUCCCAUUCCGUUCAUAUCUAUCUAUCUAUCUAUCUAUCUAUCUAUCUAUCUAUCUAUCUAUCUAUCUAUCCCAGUCUGUUCCUAUCUAUCUAUCUAUCUAUCUAUCUAUCUAUCUAUCUAUCUAUCUAUCCCAGUCUGUUCCUAUCUAUCUAUCUAUCUAUCUAUCUAUCUAUCUAUCUAUCUAUCUAUCUAUCUAUCUAUCUAUCUAUCUCAGUCUCUUCAUAACUCUCAUCUACCUUUCUAUAUUAGCCUAUCUAUCUAUCUAUCUCUAUCUUUAUCUAUCUAUCUAUCUAUCUAUCUAUCUAUCUAUCAGUCCGUUCAUAUAUGUCCACCAGUUUCAUCUUUUUCAUACCUAGCUAUGACUAUUUCUGUUUAUUCACAUCUAUCUAUCUAUCUAUCUAUCUAUCUAUAG